AUGAUACUCAUCGUGGGUUUUCUCUUCGAACUCCAUCUCCAGGCUCACGGACUCCUUUUCCUCAUCGACGGAUCAGCAACACCAACAGAAAUUGACGCCAAUACCUCGAAACAACUAGACGCUCUCUGCCGUCAAUGGAUGUUCUCCACCAUGGCCAAGGAUCUAAUGCUCACGGUUCUAAAAUCGGGAAAAACUGCUAAAGAACUUUGGGAUCACCUUCAGAAGCUUUUUCAAGAUAACAAAGGUAAUCGUGCUGCGACCCUUGAAAGUAAAUUUGUCAAUCUAAAGUUUGUUGAUUGUGCUAGCGUCGAUGACUAUUGCGAUAAACUAAAAUCGUUGUCGGAUCGACUGACCGAUCUUGAUUUCCCCAUGAACGACAAACGAUUGGUUAUCCAACUUGUCAAUGGACUCCCGGAGGAAUACAACACUGUUGCAUCCUUUAUACAACAGUCCAUGCCUACUUUUGACGCUGCUCGUUCUCAAUUGCGCACUGAGGAGAUUCGUCGUGCACAACAAACUAGUCUGUCGUCAUCAGCUGCUCUUGCUGCCACAGCCUCAUCGAAUGAUCGUGGGACUCACCGUAGCCACCGUUCAGGAUCAGGCAAAUGCGGACCUCGACAACCACAGCCUGUUCAUACAGUAGCCUCUCCGUCGAUGGAUCCACCCCUACUGCCAACACCGCAGCAAUUCCGCCAAGCAUACAGACCUCCAGCAGCGUAUUACCCUCAAUGGAACUCUUACUGGGAAGCUCCUCCGUGUCCUUACCCAACAGCUCCUCAUUGGCAGUCAUCUUUCUCCCCACGUGGAUCAACACAUGGUCGCUCUUCUGCUGCUCGGAGUCGUCCUAGGCCCCCUGUUUACGACCAGCCUCAAGCCUACCUUGCUCCAUCCAACGAGCUGCUACAGCCAACUGACUUUGCUCAAGCAUACAACUCGAUGACCUUACAGCCACCUGAUGAUACAUUCUAUAUGGAUACUGGUGCGACUUCUCAUAUCACUGCGGAUUCAGGAUUUGAGUUCGAGGGCGAUCCUUCUUCGAUGUAAUAGCUCUGGGGAUCUUUAUCCUCUCAACAUCUCUGCCGUGUCACCUUCAAAAUCAUCCGCAUCUCCUCCCCUGUCUCUUGCUGUGUGCUCGUCUGAUAUCUGGCAUGCACGCCUCGGCCAUCCCGGCCAUGCUAUUCUAGAUAAUUUACGUUCCAAUUCUUAUAUUCAGUGUAAUAAGAAACAGUCUACCAA